UCGAUCCUUCCCUUCCUCCUCAACAUGCUGCCCUCACUCUUCAGCAAUGGUGCAGCUCUGUCACUCGCUGCCCUUGCGCUGCUCCCCUCUCUUGGAGCAGCCGAGGUCUUUGAGAAACUAGCCGGAGUCCCCAAGGGUUGGAAAUUUUCGGGCAACCCCAGCGGAAGUGAAUCUCUUCGCCUUCAGAUUGCUCUCUCUCAGCAUGAUCUCGAUGGGUUUGAGCAGGCGCUCCUGGACAUGUCUACACCCGGACACCCCAACUAUGGAAACCAUUUCCGCACUCACGAUGAGAUGAAACGGAUGCUUCUCCCUACCGAUGAAGCCGUCGCGUCGAUCCGGGAGUGGCUUGAGUCGGCCGGAAUCAGCGACAUUGAGCAGGAUUCUGAUUGGAUCAACUUCCGUACUACUGUGGACGGCGCCAAUUCCUUGCUCGAUGCCGACUUCAAGUGGUAUGUCAGCGAGGACACGGAUAUCCGACGACUGCGCACCCUGGCCUACUCCAUCCCUGAGGGAGUGGCUCCUCAUGUGAACAUGAUCCAGCCGACCACGCGCUUUGGCCAAGUCAAGCCAAACAGAGCCACUAUGCGCAGCAAGCCCAAGCAAGUUGAUGAACAACUCCUAGCAUCCGCUGUGCGCGCCCAGAACACCUCGCAGUGCAAUUCCGUGAUCACACCACACUGUCUCAAGGACCUCUACAACGUGGGAGACUACCAAGCCGACCCCAAGUCCGGCAGCAAGGUCGCGUUCGCUAGCUACUUGGAAGAAUAUGCUCGGUACGAUGAUCUCGCCAAGUUCGAACAAAAACUUGCCCCCUCCGCGGUCGGCCAGAACUUCACCGUGGUCAAGUUCAAUGGCGGCCUGAACGACCAAACGUCCAGCAAGGACAGCGGAGAGGCCAACCUCGACUUGCAAUAUAUUGUCGGCAUGAGCUCUCCGCUCCCUGUGACUGAAUACAGCACCGGCGGCCGAGGUCAGCUCGUUCCAGAUCUUAGCUCCCCUGACCCGAACGACAACAGCAAUGAGCCCUACCUUGAGCUUUUCCAGAGUGUUCUCAAGCUUUCCGACGCAGAGCUUCCUCAAGUCAUCUCCACCUCCUACGGCGAAGAUGAACAGACAGUGCCCAAGUCCUACGCUUUGACCGUCUGCAACCUUAUCGCUCAACUUGGCAGUCGCGGCGUCUCCGUUAUUUUCUCUUCCGGUGAUUCGGGUGUCGGAGCUGCCUGUUUGACAAACGACGGAACCAACCGCACGCACUUCCCCCCUCAAUUUCCAGCGGCUUGCCCCUGGGUCACCUCGGUUGGUGCCACUACGUUGACGAACCCCGAAAAAGCCGUCUAUUUUUCCUCCGGCGGCUUUUCCGACUAUUGGCCACAACCCUCCUACCAAUCUGGUGCAGUGGGCAGCUAUCUCACCACCCUGGGACCCAAAUUCUCUGGGCUUUUCAACAGCUCCGGUCGCGCGUUUCCCGAUGUGGCGACCCAGGGCACCAACUACGCGGUCUACGACAAGGGGUACCUCUUACAGCUCGACGGGACCAGCUGUUCUGCACCCACUUUUGCCGGCCUUGUUGCUCUUUUGAACGAUGCGAGACUGAGGGCGGGGCUGCCUGUGUUGGGCUUCCUGAACCCGUGGCUCUAUGGCGCUGCUACGGAGGGAGAGGGGUUUAAUGAUAUCACCCAGGGAGGUAGUUUAGGUUGUGACGGACGGAAUCGGUUCGGGGGCACGCCCAACGGGAGUCCUGUUGUACCGUUCGCCAGUUGGAAUGCUACGGAAGGGUGGGAUCCUGUGACCGGGCUCGGAUCGCCAGACUUUGGAAAGCUGCUUGAGGUGGCUUUGAAUGCUUAGUCCUCCGGAAAUUGUGUUUCUUUGUUCAUAUUUUGUCUGGUGUUGAGGUGGAGAUAUCCGGUCUAGUCCCGAAUAUGCUUCUUAAUGGUCAGCUAUGCGGCCAGCGACGUGGUCAGUGAUACCAUUUCAUGAGAAUUUAU